AUGGCAAGAGCUCAAGUCUUGCUUGGUUGUGCAAUGGCAGAAUUGAAGGACAAACUAGCUAGCAUAUAUGAUGUGAAAGAUCCAAAUUCUAUCUUUGUCUUCAAGUUCCGUACUCACUUUGGAGGAGGUAAAUCUAUUGAAUUCGGUUUGAUUUAUGAUUCUGUUGAUAACGCAAAAAAGUUUGAACCAAAGUACAGCCUGAUAAGGAAUGGAUUGGCUACCAAGAUUGAGAAGUCCAGAAAACAAAUGAAAGAAAGGAAGAACAUAGCUAAGAAGAUCAGUGGUGUUAAGAAGACCAAGGCUGCUGAAGCUGGAAAGAAGAAAUGA